AUGGGUCGACUGAACUGGCUUCUCCUGUUGUUCCUGUUGUGGGCUUCCUUCUUUAUUCCAUUCUCUCAUCAGCUGCAAACCUACCAGGCUCAGCUCCUGAUGCAACUGAGGAAGCAUUUGGAGUACCCUCAUCAGUUGGACAUUUGGGAAAACUACAAUGGCGACCUCUGCAACUUAUCAUCUACACCAUCCAUCAGCAUUGCCUGCCAGGACAAUCUGAUUACAGAGUUGAAGAUCAUGGGAGACAUGAAGCUCUACGAGGUCAGUGAUUCUUUCACCGGCUCCCCAAUUCAGAACCAGACUCUAUCUGCCAGUUUCUCAAUUGAUUCUUUUGUCACUACUCUCACAAGGCUGACCACCUUGAAAGCUGUCUGCUUUGUUUCAUUGGGGAUUUGGGGCCCACUUCCUGAUAAGAUUCAUAGGCUGCACUCACUUGAACUCCUGGACUUGAGCUCAAAUUUCAUCUUUGGUUCAGUUCCAGCUCAAAUUUCAAGAAUGGUUAACCUUACUUCCUUGGUUCUUGGUGUAAACUACUUCAAUGGAACUCUACCCGAUUGGUUUGAUUCCUUGUCAAUGCUCACUGUUCUGAGCUUGAAGAGCAACCGUUUUGAGGGCGAGUUUCCUUCUUCAGUUAGCAGAAUCAGAACCUUAACAGAUAUCGCACUGUCCCAUAAUCAGCUCAGUGGAAAGCUCCCUGAUUUGACUGCCUUGACCAACCUCCAUGUAUUGGACUUGAGAGACAACAAUUUUCAAUCUAACCUCCCUCCAUUGCCGAAAGUUCUAGUCACUGUUCUCUUGAGCAACAACUCAUUUUCAGGAGAAGUUCCAUCACAAUUUGGACAGUUGUCACAUCUUCAACAUUUGGACUUGUCUUCGAACAAUCUCAGUGGAAUACCUCCUGCUUCUUUGUUCUCAUUGCCAAGCAUCAGUUAUCUCAACUUAGCGUCCAAUGUGUUUAGUGGGUCACUUCCAAUCCAUGUCGCCUGUGGUUCCAAGCUCGGGUUUGUCGAUAUCUCCAUGAACAAGUUGACCAGUGGACUCCCGUCUUGCUUGGAGAAUAAGAGAGUAGUGAAAUCUGGUGGGAAUUGCUUAGCAAUUCAUGCUGAUUCACAGCAUCAGGAAUCAUACUGCAAGGAGGCCAAGAUGGUGACGACGAAGAACUCGAGAUUUAGAGCAUUGGGGAUACUGGUAGCUGUCGUUACAGGAGCACUGGUUUUAAUGGGAAUCUUUACAUGUGGGGUUGUCUGUAUAUGCAGAAGAAGUUGUCGUCCUAGAAAGAAAUUUGAACAUAACAUAGUUUCCAAGGUCGUGCUGGAUAAUAGUAGUAGUACUAAUCCACCAGCUGCUGGUUUUUCCUCUGAUGUCCUAGCUAAUGCAAGAUUUAUUUCUCAAACAGCUAAGCUUGGGACACAAGGGUCUCCAGCAUGCCGUGUGUUUUCAUUGGAAGAGCUGAAGGAAGCUACAAACUUCUUUCAUUCCUCAUCUUUUAUGGGUGAAGGCUCUAGUGGGAAGGUUUACAAAGGUAGAUUGCACAAUGGCAACCUCAUCGCCAUACGAUCCCUGACAUUGUUCAAAAGACAAUCUAUCCAAAACCUUAGGGUUAGGCUGGAGUUACUAUCAAAGCUUCACCAUCCACAUCUGGUUACUCUCUUGGGUCACUGCAUUGACAGCAGUGGUCAGGACGAUAGCAACAAAGUCUUACUCGUCUACGAGUACGUGCCUAAUGGAAACUAUCGCUCCCAUUUAGCAGAAAGCUUUACUGAGAAAGCACUAAGGUGGCCAGAUAGACUAGCCAUUCUUAUAGGUGUUGCCAGAGCCGUCCAGUAUCUGCACACUGGUGUAGUUCCAGGCACAUUCAACAACCGAUUAAAGACGAACAACAUACUGCUCGAUGAACACCAGAUUGCAAAGCUCAGCGACUAUGGCAUGCCGAUUAUCACUGAAGAAUUUGAGAAACUUGAGGCUAAGGGAGAAGGAAUGAAAUCAAGUUACAGAUUAAAUUUAGAGGAUGAUGUGUACAACUUCGGGUUCAUACUACUCGAAUCACUUGUUGGGCCAAUUGUGACUGGGAAAGGAGAAACCUUCCUGCUGAAUGAAAUGGCAUCCUUUGGAAGCCAAGAUGGCAGAAGAAGGAUCGUGGAUCCAAUCGUGCUAACCACAUGCUCCCAGGAGUCACUGUCGAUCAUUGUUUCGAUCACGAGCAAAUGCAUCUCUCCAGAGCCAUCGGCCAGGCCUUCGUUCGAGGAUGUUCUCUGGAACUUGCAGUAUGCAGCUCAGGUUCAAGCCACAGCCGAUGCUGACCAGAAAUCAGAUUCAACCUCAUAGCCCCAUACCGGAAUCAGGAGAGCAUAAGUUUAUUUAUCUACAACCUUGACGAAAAAGGAAAUGAGCCAUGAACAUACAAUGACUGGCAGAACAGGCAGCUAGAUGCAGAUUAGUAGUGAUCAGAUUGCAGAGUGUAUAGAGUUGUAAAGUUCCAUACAAUAGUUGAACAAAUUAUGGCUGUAAGAUGAAGAGUUCCAUUGGGUAAUAAAGAGUUAUGAGCUAUGGUUGGCCUCCUU